UGCUUCUGUAGUUGCCGAGGGCGUGUUGGCCUGGGCGUGCUGCUGGCGCUGUCUCUAUCCUGCUGCUCUGGGUGGCGUUGGCCAUACCACACACCUUCAUUACUGUGGCUUUGUGAGAGGUCCUGACGGCUCAUGGACGGCUAGUGUCCUGGUUAUUCCUGGUCUUUGCAUUUUUAUGCAUCUUUUAGGGUCACGUUGUCUACCACUUGGCUGAGUUUAUGAAUUAACACUGAAUCCUCCGGAAGGAAUUGUGGCAGGCCCCAUGAAUGAAGAGAACUUUUUUGAAUGGGAGGCAUUGAUCAUGGGCCCAGAAGACACCUGUUUUGAGUUUGGUGUUUUUCCCGCCAUUCUGAGCUUCCCACUUGAUUACCCGUUAAGUCCCCCAAAGAUGAGGUUUACCUGUGAGAUGUUUCAUCCCAACAUCUACCCCGACGGGAGAGUGUGCAUUUCCAUCCUCCACGCGCCGGGCGAUGACCCCAUGGGCUACGAGAGCAGCGCCGAGCGGUGGAGCCCUGUGCAGAGCGUGGAGAAGAUCCUGCUGUCGGUGGUGAGCAUGCUGGCAGAGCCCAACGAUGAAAGCGGCGCUAACGUGGAUGCUUCCAAAAUGUGGCGGGAUGACCGGGAGCAGUUUUACAAGAUUGCCAAGCAGAUCGUGCAGAAGUCUCUGGGGCUCUGAGACCUCACCUGGCGCGUGCGCACAGACGUGUGCUCCUGCACAUGCGUGUAAACACACACCACCAACAGUUCCGCGUUCUCCUUGGGAACACUCAGUGACAGUGAUACUCUGUGCUGGUACCAAAAAGGCAGACUUGCAAGAACCAUAGCAUCUUUUUUUAUUAUUAUUAUUAUUUUCUCACCCCAAACAGGCUUCUCUUCCGAAGUUAUGAUUUAUGUAGAAUAUUGACAGCUUUCUGCAGUUUAAAGUAUUCCUUGCAAGGCGGUCAGGUAGAUUGUUAAAGCUGUCGUCACUACCUCUCCCAGCCGAAGCACCGACAAACCCAGCUGUUCCUGACUUCCUGCGGGGCCCCUCCUUCUUGGGCUGGGGGCCGGGUGUGCCAGACGUCCAGGGAUGGUGCGCACCAGCCGUGCUCCUGAGGACAGGGGCCUGCAGCUGAUUACGGGAAGGGGUGACACUCUGCGUGGCCCUCCCAGUGCUCUGCAGCCGAGCUCGGCCCCUUCUUCCUGAUCUCCUGUUUUACAAGCAAAUGUUUUUCUCAUAAUCUGUUGGCAUCUUUUACGUUUGUUGAGUAUUAUAAACCAUCACACUUAGAAAUGCUUUCAGGAAAUACCUGUUAAAAAUGUGGAUUGAUAGGAAAUGGGGUACACAGACAGGAAGUUUAUUGCAGAUCACACAGACGGUCAGACUGACAGUUUCCUCCUGAUCCUGUCCGCCAAAGCGUCUCGGUUAGUUAGGAGUUAGUUAGGUCUCAGUCCCCAGUGCACUGGGGCAGGGACAGGGGAGCCUUAGAGUGUUGGCGAAAGUUUCUUCUGGGUCUGCAGGAGUUUUUCUUCCCUAGUUUUAAGAAACGAGAAGCUGUAGGAUUUUGUAACAUUGUGCUUGCGCUAGGCAUUUAACUGCUGGCACAAAGAUCAUUCUUGGCAGCUGGAAGUCAGGAGGGACGCCCCCAUUUCCUAGCUCAGAGGAGUGCCUUAUCCCCCACGACCGGUGCUCGUGGACGUGGGCCUGGGGGCUCCCAGCCCCAGCGUGGAGACAGCGCUUUCUCGUGAUGUAUGCAUUCGAUUCGGUUCCGGCGUUCUCCAGCACGGGCAGCUGAGCAGCACGGCGCGGCCAGGUCACGUCACAAGCAAUAACAGAUCUGUGGCAUGCAGAAUCUAACACUCGGCCCGUCUCAGACAGGGUCACUUUAAAUAGGAAUUUCUAUUUUUGAAAUGAGGGAUGGUCUAUGAGGCAUACAAUAGCUUUUACAUGCUCCUUCUCCUUCCCUUCCAUGGUGGGUCCAGCGUGCGUUGUCUGGGACUCACCCUUGGCGUCAAGAUGUUGGCAGUUUCCGCUUCUGUGGAUGCGGAUUCUUCCUUCUCAGAAGAGAGUCAUUUAAAAUCCGAAAUGCAAUACAGGAACGUGUGUUUGGAAGGGGCUGGGGAGGGAGGUGUUGUACCUAAAUAGUAUUUGCAGUCAGUUGGGAUGUGUCCUCUCCAGAGUGGAGACGGUGGUGCGUGAGUCGCGAGGCUAUGCGUGUGGGGCCACCCGGGUGGGCCCAGAGGGGCACGUGACCACCUGUGGGCUUCCAUGAGAUGUGGGGAGGGAGGAGAGGCAGUCUCUUUACAAAACAAAGUAUUUUUAUUCAUUUGUAUUUAUUAAAUGAAAAAAAACCCCAUAGUGUCCCCAUUCUGUUGUGGAAUUUAAUUACUAUGUUAAAAAUAAAGUUCUAUAUUUUCCCCCA